AUGGCCGCCAUGAAGAUCACCCUCCUCGCCGUGGCCGCGAUGGCCGUCUUACUAGGCAGCGCGUCAGCGGUAACCUACAACGUCGGCGAUCAGGGCGGUUGGGCCCUCAGCACCGACUACAGCAACUGGGUGUCCGGCAAGAAGUUCAACGUGGGUGAUGACAUCGUCUUCAAGUACUCGACCCCGACGCACGACGUGGUCGAGGUCAGCAAGGCCGGCUACGACUCCUGCAGCACCGACGGCGCCAUCAACACCUUAACCUCCGGCAACGACGUCAUCUCCCUCAACGCCACCGGCACCCGCUACUUCAUCUGUGGCGUCCCUAACCAUUGCAGCCCCGCCGCCGCCGCCAGCAUGAAGGUCGUGAUCGACGUCGCCUCGGGCUCCUCCUCGCCGUCGUCACCCAUGCCAGCUGCAGGUCCUGGCGCGAGCAACUCUCCCCCGGCGCCGCCCUCCAACGCCGCUACCUCCGUCGGUGCCACAGCAGGAUUUGGCCUCGUCGCCCUCCUGGCGGCCGGUCUCAUGGCUUGA